CAUUUUCCAGGAGGAGCUUAGCCAAUUGCCAGUGACAAGGUCCACACUCGAGACAGAGAGACAGAGAGAGAAUGUGCGGUUUCGGUUUCUCUAUGUUAGAAGUCUGCUCGUCAUUUUCACGCUGACACAGGGAUAGGUCAUCUCCAUCAACAUUUUUCAGACCCGUUUUAUUGUGCUGGUUCUACAUCCUGCGGGCGCUCCAGAAUUGCUAAUCCUACGAAACCAAAUCCCACUUGAAAAUUGCUAGGAUUCCAUUUUAGGUUCCUCCACAGAAGUACAGGCUCAAACUUCAAAGCCAAAAAAAAAUCUCGUGGUUUGCCCAUGGUUGUUUCUUGAUCUUUCCUACACGAGCUAAAACUGCAUUACUGUUACAGCCCCGAACUUUUUUCGUCGCCUUCAGGACUGCCGGUCAUGUGUUGUAUGGUCUCUUCCAUGAAAACCCACUUCUGAGUACGAAAAGUAUCCCUCCUUUUUUUUUACCUCUAUGUUUGCUCUGCCUUCUUGCCAAUUCGCAGCUUCAAAAUCAAUCGUUUGAUAAUCCCAAGUCAAGCUCAAGUCUCAGAAUCUAUUUUCCAUCCACACAACACAUUUAAAUCUCUUUACGAAACCAUGAUUCACUAAUUCCUCGAAAGUCCGUAACUUUGAGCUUAAAUUUAAUCGCUUUUUUGUUGUUUCUAAUCUUGAAGAGCUUGAAUACUCAAAAUUCAUUCGCACUCUGAAACUCAAUCGAUUCCUCCUCCAGAUCGAAAACCCAACUCACCAAAUCCUCAAAAAGCCACAACCUAGUUCCUCAAAGCAAUCCUUUUUGUUUACUCCUUCCUAUAAGUUUUGCAACGUAAAAGGGGUUAGAAGCUCUGGUUCUUUUGGCCUCAAAUUGACAAUGCAAGACCCAGCAAUAUUCCAACCCACCCAACCGCAUUUCCCAGAGCAAGAGCAACUCAAAUGCCCACGCUGUGAUUCCUCAAACACCAAGUUCUGUUACUUCAACAACUAUAACCUUUCACAGCCACGCCACUUUUGCAAGAACUGUAGGAGGUACUGGACCAAAGGCGGUGCUCUGAGAAACAUCCCAGUGGGUGGUGGAACCCGCAAGAACACAAAGCGGGCAUCAAACCCAAAACGAUCUUCAUCUUCAUCGGCUUCAUCAUCAACAACAUCAAAUUCGGUGGUGCAGAACCCGGGUCCGGAGAAUGACCCAAACCGGCUUUAUGGUGCUGCUGUAGGGGAUCAGGACCGUGGGAUUCUGGAUAUCUCAGGGAGCUUUAGUUCUCUUCUGACAUCAAAUGGGCAGUUUGGAAGUCUUCUGGAGGGUCUGAACCCCAAUGGGUCCGGUGUGAAAAUGGUACUGGGUGACUUUGCAGAGACUUUGAAUACGGGCCAUGUGUUGGACACGAGUUCUGCUCGAGACCCGGGAAUGGACAUGAAGAGGGAUAGCAAUUCAGAGAGUUAUGUAGGUUUGCAGGGUGGCGAUUCAAGCUGUUGGACUGGUGGUAAUGGAUGGCCCGAUCUUGCCAUUUACACACCAGGUUCAAGUUUUCAGUAGAGAAAAGAGAGUUUAGUGUCUUUUAUUUAAUUUAUUUUUCUGAUUAUGCUAAUUAUGAUAAUCUCUAUACUACGAAACUGGGGAUGGUUAAAGAGAGGAGCAUGAAUAAGGCAGGCUUAUUGUAGCAUUUUCUAAUGCUAUUGAGGGCGACAUACAACAUUAGCAUCCUUUUGUAGGGAAAUGGUUCUUUUUUCUGUUUCUGUGUGGUUUUUGUUUGCAUGCCUUGUAUGAGUGAAAAGAGACAAGGAAAAAUGAUAACUACUUAGUAUUAUUUCUUA